AUGUGUCCUUGCAGUCACACGCUGAUGAGCGGGAGCAUUCUUUUCUACAAGGGCCUGCUACACCGACCCACGGGUCGCCGCAUCCCCAGCGGCGUAGCGCGCUUUGGCGACUCGGGCCGUGUCCACGCCACCGUCUUCGCAUCACUGCACGACCUGGAGCUGGUCUGGCAGUCCCACGCCCGGCUGGAGGCCUCCAAGCCCCCGGAGCGGCGCUGCCCCAGUGGCCCCUUCGUCUACUUCGCCCACCACGAUAUGGCGGAUGUCGCGGAAGAGGCCGGCGGCCAACCGCCCGUGAGCUACUGCGACUGCUGGCCCGCGGGCCCGGGCCCCUCAGAGCUCAUCCGCAGCGGGGACUUCGACUUCCGCAGCCACUGCGAGAGCCAGCCGCCGCCUCACUUACCCACGGACGCGGAGGCCCGCGGUAUCCAGUGGAACGAGCUGCGUGCGGCGCUGUCGUACGAGAACAUGGUGGGGUUGGCGUACAUCCACGACCCGUCCCGUGACCCUCGCCACCACCUGGGGGAGGCGGAGGAGCUGCGGACAGCCGUCACGCAGGCGGCGGCGGAGGCCCUGGCGGCAAAUAGCUGCCGUACUUGCGGCGGCAACAGUACGGCGCCGACCGAGUACGGUAUUCGUUGCGAGGGUGCUGCCGCUGUGGACAAUCCCGGGCAGGAGCCGCAGCGACAGCCGGUGUGUGCCGGUUGCGGCGGCGGCAUCGGCAUCGGCGGCGGCGGCAGCGCAACUGUACUAUCAAGACGUCUUGAGAUCUUCGUAUUUGUGUUGGAGCAGGAGCGCGGCGUUAACGGGCAUUUGCUAGUAGAGGAGGAAGAGGAUGGGGAGGAGGGAGAGGGGCGGAGGGAGGAGACAGAGGGGGACGGUGCUAAUGGUGAUGUCGGAGGGGUGAGAGUGCGCCCUACGGGUGGGGUGAAGCGGCGCGGCAGGGCGGUGACGUUGGAGGAGUACGUGGUCGCCUCAGAGAUUUGGAGCCGGCAACCUAGGAGCUGCGGCACCAGCACCGGCAGCAUGGAGCGAACGACGACUCGAACGGGGUAG